AGUCACUCCUCCACCUCCCCUAUCCAAGCACAUCCAGCCUCCAUCCAUCCCCGGAGGAAAAUCAAGGCGGGAUCACGGGGAUCGAGAUCACUGUCAAUUCGCGUCCGUGUCAAUUCGCGUGAAUUAUUCACAUUACCAAUAACAACAACCUGCUGUUGAACUGAUACAUCGACAAGAGGACACUUGGAUACCGGGAGGAGGACGGUAUGGGGGCACACACGGUGGCAGUUAUGGUCUUACUUGCGGCGACCUUGACGCUCUCAUCCGAGGUGCCUGCUGAUGACUCGGUGGGUUUGCUAACCGAGCCGCAGGUGGCCAUGUUUUGCGGCAAGCUCAACAUGCACAUCAAUGUGCAGAGUGGCAAGUGGGAGUCGGACCCCUCCGGCACCAAGAGCUGCGUCGGCACCAAGGAGGGCAUCCUGCAGUACUGCCAAGAGGUGUACCCAGAGCUUCAGGUCACCAACGUGGUGGAGGCCAACCAGCCCGUCAGCAUCGAGAACUGGUGUAGGAAAGGCCGCAAUCAGUGUCGCAGCCACCCUCUCAUCGUGGUGCCUUACCGCUGUUUGGUCGGGGAGUUUGUGAGCGACGCCCUGCUGGUUCCGGACAAGUGCAAGUUCCUGCACAAGGAGCGUAUGGACCAGUGUGAGAGCCAUCUGCACUGGCACACCUUCGCCAGAGAGUCCUGCGCAGACCGCUCCACGAAUCUCCAUGAUUACGGGAUGCUGUGGCCGUGCGACAUCGACCGUUUCCGAGGGGUGGAAUUUGUGUGCUGCCCGGCAGAGGCAGAGCAGGAGUCGGACAGCGCAGCACUGGACGGGGAAGAGUCAGACGUGUGGUGGGGCGGAUCUGAGCUUAACGAUAACCGUGAGAACAGCAUGACGGAGCAGGCGGACAUGGAACCCACCGCUGCUGAGGAGGAUGAGGAAGAGGAUGAAGACGAUGCUUUUGAAAGGGAUGGUGAAGAAAAUGAGGAGGAGGAGGAAGAUGAGGACAUGACCAAUGAGCGGGAUAGCUAUGAACGCAAUGCAAAUGUUGCCAUGACAACCACCACCACCACUGAAUCCAUUGAGGAGGUCGUCCGAGCCGUUUGUUGGGCGCGUGCCGUGAAAGGCCCGUGUCGCGCCAAGCUGGAGCGUUGGCACUUUGUGCCCAAAACGGGCCGAUGCGCCCCCUUCUUGUUUGGGGGCUGCGGGGGCAACAGAAAUAACUUUGAUUCUGAGGAAUACUGCCUAGCCGUCUGCAGCAGCUCGUUACCCACCAUGGUGCCCAGUGCUCUGGCUGCCGUGGAUCAAUACCUGGAGUCUCCCGGUGACGACAACGAGCACGCCGACUUCCAGAAAGCAAAGGAAAGCCUGGAGGCCAAGCACAGGGAGAAGAUGUCGCAGUUGAUGAGGGAGUGGGAGGAGGCUGAGAGGGAGGCCAAGAACCUGCCACGCGCUGACAAGAAAGCUGUCAUUCAGCACUUCCAGGAGGUGGUGGAGGCUCUGGAGCAGGAGGCUGCCGGAGAGAGGCAACAGCUGGUGGAGACCCACAUGGCCCGUGUGGAAGCUCUGCUUAACAGCCGCCGACGCAUGGCUCUGGAAAAUUACCUCAGCGCACUACAGGCCAACCCUCCACGGCCUCGUCAGGUGCUCAGCCUGCUGAAGAAGUACGUGCGGGCCGAGCAGAAAGACCACCAGCAUACUGUCAAACAUUUUGAGCACGUCCAAACUGUCGACCCCAAGAAGGCUGCACAGAUUCGGCCUCAGAUUCUAACCCACCUGCGUGUGAUUGAUGAGAGGAUGAACCAGUCGCUGGGUUUGCUCUACAAAGUGCCCAAUGUGGCCAACGAGAUACACAACCAAGUCUCUGUCAUUGUGCAGAGAGUCCAGUCUGAGAUGUCUCAGCAGGUGUCCUCCCUGCAGAGUGACGCCAGGGUGGAUGGCAGGAUGAGCUACGGGAACGACGCCCUCAUGCCCGACCAGGCCUACAGCUCCGCUCCUAUGGACCCAGGCCUUGACGGGCUGGGUUUCAUCCACCCUGAAAGCUUUAACCAGCCCAACACUGAGAACCACGUUGAGCCUGUCGAUGCUCGGCCAGUUCCAGAUAGAGGACUACCCACACGCCCUGUGUCUGCCCUGAAGCCAGAACAGAUGCCCCAAGUGCGGCUGGAGCCCAAGGAGAGGCAAAGUGCUGGCUAUGAAGUCCACCAUCAAAAACUGGUGUUUUUUGCUGAAGACGUGGGCUCCAAUAAAGGCGCCAUCAUCGGGCUGAUGGUGGGAGGCGUUGUCAUAGCGACCGUCAUUGUCAUUACCUUGGUGAUGCUGAGGAGGAAGCAAUACACGUCUAUUCAUCACGGCGUCAUCGAGGUGGAUGCGGCGGUGACGCCGGAGGAGCGUCACCUGGCCAAGAUGCAGCAGAACGGCUACGAGAACCCCACCUACAAAUUCUUUGAGCAGAUCCACAACUAAACAAAAUCAGCCUCCUCUCCCCCUCCCGCUCGCAGGUUCUGUUCCGUUGUCUUGCUACUCUUGAGCUUUUCCGAAGGGCGAGACCGCUUUCAGCGUUGGAUGGGGACGAAUCUUUGUAGUUGCAAGUGAAGGAGACGUGGAACAAAGCCGUGUGUGAAUCCCUCAAUUUGCACAAAGUCUAACACUCAUUUAGCCAGACAAGGGUACCCCGUGUCACCUGCACAUCUCAAUCACAUGAACCCUUGCAGUGUUUGUACUCGACAACCUGUUGACUGACUGUAGAUCUGUCUAGAAAUAUAUGAAGAAUAUCGUGUCAUUACAGCACUCGCCGCAAAACAUUUCAAGUUUGUUUGAAAAACACACAUAAGAAUGAAUCGUUGCUGUUUUUUCGAGUGUAAUGUAUAAAGAAAGAAAUUAGCUACAUAGCUACAUACAAGUCUACAUAGUGCAUGGCGGCAGUAAAAACAAGGCCGGGUUCAGGGGGGUCCAAAGUUUUUCCACCGAGGGCCGCAUACAGAAAAAUGAACGGACACAAUAAGAGAUGCUAGAACCAAUGUAGGUCAACAUAAGCUAAGCUACCUGUACAAAACAUCCAUCAGUGUUUAUCUCAUUCAAAAUGGACUCAUUUUAUUUUGACACGAUGCCGUGCUUUGGACACCCCCGUCUUAGAUCUCUUGGCAGGAUUGUACAUUUCCAGUGUCUUUUCUUUGUGACCUUGUGCGAUAUGAAGAGGAAGAAAAAUAUUCAAGUAGCUUUAAACUGCCCUUUUUGUUUCUAAAAAUCUCCAUGCUUCACCGUUGCUUUAGCUGCAUGGGCAAAGAAUACAAAUACUAUAUGUAAUAUAUGAACUUGUAUCAGUAUCCGAAAGGAAGAUGAUUUUGUUCAACUGUUUGCGUUUUAUGCACUCUUGUCCUUAUUUUUUGUUGUUUUUGGGGAAAAGUCAAAUUGUUAUCACCACAAAAUAGUGACUAUUAUUGCUGACAAACACUUAUUGGCCUAGUGGGGGCGUACUAGGGUGAGAUAAUCAUCGCCAUCAUUCCAGAUAAAUCAUUCCAUUGUCCGUUAUUGAUUGUACAUUGGUUGUUAGGGGCUCAGGUGGCCCGUUUUUUUUUUCUUCAUUUUUUAUGAUUAUUUAGGACAACAGUGGAACCUCCUAAGCUGAGCACAAACUGAAUUGGAGGCACUUUUCCCCACAAAACAUAAUGCAAAUAGAAGUACAGUCAUCUCUCCUUCAUCACGGUUAAUUAGUUCCACACGUGAAUUUCCGCCAAGUAGGAUUCCUUGUUUAUAAAUGGAAUAUUUUCGCAGUUCGAGCAUAAAAAAUAAUUAUGGAUUACAUUUUGUAGAGUUUGGAAGGCACCCAGUGCGCUUCGCAAUGAAGCGAACCCAUUAUUCAUUCACUCCUCAGUCACACACUGUUGGUGGUUAUCUACAUCCGUAGGCACAGCUGCUCUGGGGUAGUCUGACAGAAACGUGGCUCCCAAUUCGCUCUCCAGUUCUUCAACCACCGCCAAACAUUCAUUCACAAAAACCUGUUUACAACCUUCUAAAUACAGUUGUUAACAUUAUCAGAGCUUUCUAGACAUAAAAUAACACCCCUACAGUCACAUUUACAGUCGUAUUACCCAAUAUAGUAGCUGUAGGUGUAGACUCACAUAUGAUAGCAUUGGGAGAAGUCCUUGUUCCUUUUUACUUGCGGUUUCUGCAUAGUAUUCCCUGUGGUGGCUAUUGUGUCAUCAGUGUAACAUUACUGACACUUGACCAGUGUAGAAUACUACAGAUCAUAAUGCAUCUUUCAAUGCAUUUCUAAAUGCCUUAUAUUUGCGUUUUGAUUAGUUAUUAGUCAUUUUUAUGCUUGAAAUGUAGGCCGAAAAUACUUAAACUUUACUUAAACAUGCAUAAUUUUCAAUAAUAGGCCGAAGUUGUGUGGCUAGGGAUUACUGUAGUCACUGCCGGCGUCAAACUGGUCAUCGUCAAACCAUUAUCAACUGUACGGGAAUGUUUUAACUAAAAUUCCUGGCAUUGUUCAAAUGUAAAAUAAAACUAAAUUAAAACUGCUCACAGUUUGAAGACAAAUAUUUAGCACGGUAACACAAAAAAGUGCAGUUUAUUGACAAGCGCGUUCAUUAUGCUAGUCAUUAAAAAGUGUGCUUCCGAGCUGCAUGCUGUUUACAUUUGCUCUGCCUGGUAACGUUUUGACCAGAAUGUAAGAUAAGCCUGAAUGCAAGACAUCUCUUGUCGCUUGUUUUUGGAAACACUUUUUUUUCUACAUAACUGGUAGACUGCAAAAGGGAGAAAAAAAAGGAUACAGUAAUCCCUUCUCACUUCACAGCUUCACUCUUAACACAAGGUUUCCCCCCCAAAAAAAUCCUGCUAUUUCAGGGUUGAAUACAUACAGCCUAUUAGUCAAAACAUAUGCAUAUUUAAGCAAAUGUAUUUUGGGCUAAAUGAACUAAAAUCCAAAUACAGUAUAAGGCAUUCAGAAGAUGCUGUGAUGAUAUGUAGUAGUCUACACUGGUCACGAGGGGUCAGUAAUUUUACAUUGAUAGGUACAUAGGUGUCACUUCAUGUGUAGAUGUUCAUGUGAUGUUAAAAUCCGUAUUUAGAAGGUUGCAAACAUGUUUUUUUUUGCUCGGACUCACUUGUAGAGAGAGAGAAGCAGUUUGGCGUCACCUGUUGGUUUGCUAAAGCUCUAGACCCUGUAUAUCAGACUACCUGUCUUGAUCAGACUAUUUGGACCAAUGCUGUAAUUGUUUUGCUCAGCCGGACCCUUUCCUUUGUCGCAUUUCUGGUUCUGUGGUUAUCACCUAUCAUCUUUGGAAGUUCCACUGUAUAAGAUUGAUUUUAACGCCCCAUCUUCACUUUCCCCGUCUUGUUUCGUCAUUCUGCAUACGUAGCGUCCUGUUUUCAGUGUCUGAAUACAACACAUAUCACAUCCCUACACUGACAUGUGAAUUGAAGCUCUUAUUCAGGUGAAUGUUUUAAAAGGAGGAACCCCCUUUUUGCUGUGUAUUUAAAUUAACCAUUUGCUUCAAAGGUUUCUACUUCCAUAUCAUGAAUAAAAUUUUGAAUGUA